UUUAUUAGUAACCUUGAAACUUCAUUAUUUAGCGAGCUAGCUUCAAAUUAAACAUUAUUCAUCACUUUUUGCCGUUAUUAUAUAUACCCAGUGUACGUAUAUAACAUAAAGAAAAAUGUUGAAGAUUGAACGAAGGCCGUCUCAGAUUCAAGCUCCCACCUAUGGGAACCUUGUCACCAUUCUUAGCAUCGAUGGCGGUGGCAUUCGAGGACUUAUUCCUGCAACCAUCCUCGCUUACCUCGAGUCUCAACUUCAGGAGUUGGACGGAGAAGAUGCAAGACUAGCGGAUUACUUCGACGUGAUAUCAGGAACGAGCACAGGCGGGCUUGUGACCGCCAUGUUGACCGCUCCCGGCGAGAAUGACCGCCCCCUUUAUGCCGCUAGAGAUAUCAAGCCAUUCUACCUCAACAAUUGUCCCAACAUUUUCCCACAAAAGAGAGGAUGGAUUUGUGCAAUAUGGAAGUUGAUUGGGUCGGUGUUUGGGCCCAAAUACGAUGGCAAGUACCUGCAUAAUCUCGCCAAGGAUGAGUUGAAACAAAUUCGCCUAAAAGACACACUUACCAAUGUUGUCAUCCCAACUUUUGACAUCAAGACUUUGCAACCUGUCAUCUUCUCCACUUACGAGGCUAAAAAAUCCCCAGCAUGGGAUGCAAAUUUGAGCGACAUUUGCAUUGGCACUUCGGCCGCUCCUACCUAUCUUCCUGCUCAUUAUUUCAAGACCGAAGAUACCCACAAAGGGACAAUCAAGGAGUACAAUCUAAUUGACGGCGGCGUUGCUGCAAACAAUCCCACAUUGGUAGCCAUGUCACAAGUGACGAAGCAGAUAUUUGACAACAACCCGGACUUCUUCCCCAUCAAGCCCAUGGAUUACGGGCGAUUUCUGGUGAUAUCCUUAGGGACGGGCGCCGCGAAGAACGAGAAGAAGUACGACUCCAAGCAGGCGGCCAAAUGGGGAAUUCUGGACUGGCUGCUUCACAAAAGCUCAACGCCUUUGAUUGAAGUGUUCUCGCAGUCCAGUGCUGACAUGGUGGAUUUGCACAAUACUGUGGUUUUCAAGGCUCUCCACUGCGAGGACAGUUAUCUAAGAAUUCAAGAAGACGCCCUGAAUGGAACGGAAUCUUCCGUGGACGUGGCCACUAAGGAAAACCUGGAAAGGCUGGUUGAAAUAGGAGAAAAACUGUUGAAAAAACCAGUUUCUAGGGUGAAUAUGGUCAGUGGUGUCACCGAACCAAUUCCAAAUGCGGGCACAAACCAGGAUGCUCUCAAAAGGUUUGCGAAGUUACUAUCAGAGGAAAGGAGACUUAGAGAAAUGAGGUCACCACUCACCAACAAAGGCUUGGACAAAGCAGCCCAUCCAAUUAAGUUGGGAUGAUAUAUAUAUAUAUAUAUAUAUAUAUAUAUAUAUAUAUAUAUAUAUAUAUAUAUAUAUAUAUAUAUAUAUAUAUAUAUAUAUAUAUAUAUAUAUAUGAUUGAUGAGGCCGGCCACUGUACCACUUGAUCCGACAUCUUUAGCAAAUAUUGACAACACAGAGAUUUGGUGAAUAAUGCAUGGGAAUGAACAUUAUAAUUAUUU